AUGAAAGAGUUCCAAAUUCUGCAAUACAACGUACACAAAUCGUGGCAAGUGAUGGCUUCGUUUCUCCGGGACCGCAAGGUUCUGGAGGCGAGUGUUAUCGCAAUACAAGAGCCAUGGAAGAACGAGCUACAGCACACAACCCACCAACCGGCGACGGCUGCUUUCCAACUUUUAUACCCACCAAAAGAACCAGUUAAUACAUUCAACCCAGACCAGAGGGAUCAAGACAAUGACCCCGGCCCCCGCCAGCCAGGCGUAUGCCUAUUCGUGUCUAGAAACCUUGACCCGGCCACCUGGUCAUGUCGACUAAUAUCGCAGGACUAUCAGCUACUGAAGCUACGGAUGGCCGGUAGAGACAGAGACUGGAGAGACCUAUUCAUACACAACAUAUACAAUAGACCCGGUAGCAACACACUGGAGCAACUGAGACAAGAACUGUCAAGGCAUCCGCACGGGGAGCACGUGGUCCUGGGUGACAUGAACGCACAUCACCCACGAUGGGGAGGAGCAGGAACCAACGCAGAUCCGGAAGCCAUCCAACUAAUAGAUAUCAUCAACAAGUGGGGUCUUGACCUCCUGACUGAAGAGGGCCGGCCUACCUGGACCCGGAACGAACAGUCAUCGGUGAUCGACCUCACCUUGGCCACGCCAAGGCUUGCGAACAGGCUUAUACAAUGUCAGAGAGCGGAUGACAUCGAACACGCAUCGGACCAUUUCCCGAUCAGGACCGUGCUCGAUCUUGAAACCUCAACUGUGACUCAACAGAAACGAAGGAAUUGGAAGGCAACCGAUGACGCCAAGCUCUUCCAAAGAAUCGAGAGAAGCCUACAGGCAGAAGACCUGUCCCAGGCUGGCCCGCAGCAAAUAGAAGAGAAAUGUCAAGAAUUGAUGCAAAACAUCCAAUUGGCUGUUGAAGAUUCCACUCCAUGGGCAAGACCAUCAGAGUGGUCGAAUCCCGACUUCGACGAGGAGUGUAAAGCUGCGGUGAAGGAGGUCCGUCGCCUUCGUCGCAGACACACGAGCACGCAGGAUCCCUACGACUGGAUGUGUUACUCCGAGGCACGUAACAAGAAAACACGUCUGAUCAAAAAGACCCUGUCACGAGCACAUCGACGUCGAGUUCAGCAGGUCAUUGAGGACGGACCGCAAGGCAUGUGGCGGCUGGCGAAGUGGGCAAGAAACCGAGAUGGAGCCUAUGGAAAGGGGAUUACACCUUCUCUCAAAAUCCAACAACCUCAAGCAAUUGAUGCCCUUGCGGAGACAAUUGACCAGAAAGCAGAAGCCUUCCGAGCUGCUUUCUUCCCGCAACCGCCUACGGCCAAUCUGUCCGACACAACUUCCUUUACAUACCCGGAGCCUAUCGGUUUCCCACCGUUGACGGCACACGAGGUUCAAGACGCAGUGAGAGGGGCGAAGGCAGGCAAAGCACCAGGGGAGGACGGUUUGCCGAACUCCCUAUGGCACAAGCUGAUUGAGGCUCCGGUGAUUCUGGAAACGAUGGUUCAGCUUUUCGAUGCUUGUAUACGCACCGGCUACAACCCAACACACUUUCAACGAUCGAUCACGGUUGUCCUCCGAAAGCAGGGCAAAACUGACUACCAACUAGCAAAAUCCUACCGGCCAGUUGCCUUAAUCAGCUACGCCGUUGAGACCGAAAACCUUCUCCCGCGAACCCAUCUGGGCGGCCGGAAGGGGAUAUCGACGGAUCAUGCGAUACACAUGAUCCUCGAUCGGACCAAAACCGCUUGGGGGAAAGGCAAACCGGUGGUAUCUCUGUUGAUGCUAGAUGUCUCCGGAGCAUACAACGUAUCCCACGAACGUCUACUCCAUAACCUCAAGAAACGACGCCUGGGACACUUCGUCCCUUGGGUGAAAUCAUUCCUCAUGAAUCGAAGCACGAGAAUCCGCAUGCCUGAGGGCAUAUCAGAUCGUAUCCCAACACCCACUGGCAUCCCACAGGGGUCGCCAAUCUCACCGAUACUGUACCUAAUCUACAACGCGGACCUCAUUGAGAACUGCGGGACAGGUAUUACCAGUAACGGCUGGGUGGACGACAUCUGCUCCAUGUCCAAGGGAGACAGCGAACGGGAGACUACUAGAAAGCUAAAAGAAGCAUGCCGCAAAGCAGAUCAGUGGGCAGAGAAACAUGCAUCAGUAUUCGACCCGAAGAAAUACGCUCUUAUCCAUUUUGUGAACGCCAAAGAGGUCGACCAACAACACACACCACUACGCCUACGAGAACACACAGUGCCCGCGACAAAAACGGCCGAGCGGUAUCUGGGCUACUGGCUGGACCCUGGACUGGAUUUUGGCAUUCACCGGGAGAAGGCAGUCACAAAAGCAGGUAUCUCUCUCCGAGCUCUACGGAGUUUGGCAGGCUCGACUUGGGGAGCGUCACUACACGCCAUGCGCAAGAUCUACCAGGCAGUGAUCAUUCCACAAAUGCUGUUUGGGGUCUCCGCAUGGUACCAACCUAUGCUCGUUAGCAAGUCCAAAGCUCAGGCAAUCUGUCGGCCCUUCGUCGCGGUCCAAAAACAAGCGGCAUGCCUCAUCAGCGGAGCCUUUCGAACCACCGCAGCAGAAGCACUGAACGCAGAGCCCCACUUAUCUCCUAUCUCAAUUCAUAUGAAUCGACUGGUGAAAGAAACGGCGCUGCGAUUGCGCACCGGUCCCCUCUUCGCAGUCCCACCAACGAUGCUCCGACGCAGACCUGCAGAUGAAAGAAGCUGGGCUGGAUGGUCACCAAUGGAGGCGCAGGCCUGGAAAACGGGCGGAUGCUUGACCGCUCUCCCGGGAAAUUUGGCUAGCGUCUGGGAGAGUCGAAAGGCAUUCGUUCUGGCACCAUGGCAAACGCCACCAGAGGUGAUCAUCGAGGACAGGGAGAAAGCGAUAGAAUCUCAUGAGCAAAUCAUGUUGAAGGUAUCAAAGGAACGACCCUUGAUGAUAUACACCGACGGAAGUGGAAUCGAGGGGAGAAUGGGAGCAGCAGUAGUAGUUGACCUCGAGGACCAUGUCGCCCACAGUCAAAUGGGCGACGAUAACACAACGACCGUGUACGCUGCAGAGCUCCGCGCUAUCGAAAUGGCGCUGGAGUCAGUCAUCGACAGUACCGAACCCUGGGCUGCACAGGCAAAGAAUGGCCUAGCUAUCUUUGCAGACAGCCAAGCGGCGCUGAAAGCGCUCCGCCGACCCCGCAUGCCAUCAGGUCAGAUAUACCUGAUCGGAUGUCUAGACUUGAUCCGCCAACUGGUGGAACGGGGAAUUCAAACAGAACUGCGAUGGAUCCCGGCUCACCAAGAAGUGCUGGGUAACGAGACAGUGGACCAGCACGCAAAAGAUGCGGCCCAGAAACCCGACAAUCCACAGAAUCCUCCCAAUCGAUAUAUUCGCCUCGCAGCCGCGACCAAGCGUCGAUUCCGCCAAGAGGCAAAAUUCGAGUGGGAAAGAGCAUGGGCAUCAGAGAAGACCAGUCGGCCGACAAGGCGGCUGAUCGAGACACCAAGCAAGAAAACACUGGAAUACUGGUCGGGAUUACGCAAAGCAACUGCAUCCAUCCUGAUGCAGCUGCGCACUGGGCGCAUCGGCCUGGGUGCCUAUCUGGCUCGCAUCAACCGACGAGACUCGGCACGAUGCGACUGUGAUCUGGGUAACCAGACGGUGGCCCACGUCUUGCUCGAAUGUCCUCUGCACAUCGAGGAACGCGUUCGGAUGCGGAACGCUCUGUCCGGGCAAGGGAUCAGCUUUCGUCGGGACGACCUCCUGACGCGCCCCGAGGCGCGCGAGAUUGUUGCCGACUUCAUGGUCGAAACAGGAAUUUUGACCCAAUUCCUAGGGACAGAUACUGCUGCGUUGGGGAUGGAAGCAGUAGAAGAGAAAUCAUGA